UGUGUGUCAUCAACUCAACUCAGUUUGCAGUCGGUGCAACAUCUCUGUCUCCGUUACCUCACCCUUCUUACACAAGAUUCACUUCCACUAGAUCCACCACAACUACACCCCUUCAUUUCAUUUCAGGUCUAUUCACCUCACACUCACAGAUCCCUUUCAAAGCCACCGAUUGGAUUUUGGGAAAUUAGGGUUUUGGGGGAGAAGAUGAAGGAACCUAAUCCUACUACAGAUCCAAUUGGUCAGAACUUGAUAAAGCUUAUAAGUAAUGUGUGUUUCUCUGUGUUUGUCUUUACUGUGCUUGUCAUUACUGUCAUUGCUAUUACCUACCAACCGCCUGAUCCCUGGGAGUCUUCCAGAGCCUUAACUCGGGUCUUUACCGAGGUCGAGAACGCCACUUUUCAAAUCGAUACAUCUGUGUUGAAAACCGGUGAAGAUGUUGGAAUGGCUAUGGUUAGCCCGGCUGCAGCUCCUUCCGAGGCCGAUGCUGAUGCGAGCGACACCCAAAACGACACGCAAAACAACGAGAUUGUGCAGAAACCGGAAGAGAGUUCGGAGAUCAAUUGUGAUGAGUCGAGAUUGGUGAAUUGUUCUGACCGAGGGGUGUUGAUGGCGAUUAAGAAGUUUAAUUUGAAGCGUUUUAAGUCGAUAGUGUUUCUCGAUUAUCAACUACCGGUAAACGGGUCGAAUGCGAACGAGUGUGAUGUGUCGUGGAGGUUCAGGAAUCGAAAAGAGAAAUCUUGGAGGAGGUAUCGAGAUUUCAGGAGGUUUAAAAUCGGAUAUACCGAUGAUUGUAACUACAAAGUGGUAGGUGCGAGAGGAUGGCAUUCGGGUGUCAAUGCGCGUCGUCCCAGGGCUAGAUUUAACGCGACUAGAACUGAACGGACGGUUAAGGUUUCUCCAUCUUACCGUGAUGAUGAUAUCAAUGACACAAUCCCGGUUUUGGGUUCGGAUCUUGCGUUUAGGAAUGGAAAAUAUUUGUAUUAUUCACGCGGAGGGGAUUACUGUAAGAAUAUGAAUCAUUAUAUCUGGAGCUUCUUGUGUGCUCUCGGGGAAGCACAGUAUCUAAACCGCACGUUCGUUAUGGAUUUAAGUGUUUGCUUGGCAUCGACGUAUACUUCGAGCAAGAAAGACGAAGAAGGAAAAGACUUCAGAUUUUAUUUCGAUUUCGAGCAUUUGAAAGAAUCUGCUUCGAUAGUGGAAGAAGACGAGUUCCUUAAAGAUUGGAAACGAUGGGAAAAGAAUCAUAAAAAGAAAAUCCCGGUGAGAAAGGUUCCGACUUAUAAAGUUACACCGAUGCAAUUAAAAAAAGAUAGAAGUACGAUUAUCUGGAGGCAGUUUGACACCCCCGAGCCGGAAAACUAUUGGUAUCGCGUAUGCGAAAGUAAAGCGGCAAAUUACAUUCGAAGGCCGUGGCACGCGCUUUACAAGUCAAAGAGACUUAUGAACAUAGUUUCCGAAAUUAGUGGUCAAAUGGAUUGGGAUUUUGACGCGGUUCAUGUGGUCCGAGGCGAAAAAGCGCAAAACAAAGAGUUGUGGCCGCAUCUUGACGACGAUACGUCUCCCGAUGCGUUGGUGGCGAAGCUUCAAAAUAUUAUUCAACCGUGGAGGAAUCUGUAUGUUGCUACCAACGAACCGUUUUAUAAUUACUUUGAUAGGUUAAGAUCGCAUUACAAGGUUCAUUUGCUUGAUGAUUAUAAGGAAUUAUGGGGAAAUACAAGUGAAUGGUACAAUGAGACGACUGUUUUAAAUGGUAAGCCUGUGGAGUUUGACGGAUAUAUGCGAGUUGCGGUCGACACUGAGGUGUUUUACCGGGCGAAGACGCAAGUUGAGACGUUUUAUAACUUGACUGCAGACUGCAAGGAUGGGAUAAAUACGUGUUGACCGGGUUCGUUACCGUUGUACUAUAUUUCAUUUGUUAAGUUGAAUAUGUUUUGAUGGCUUGUUAUAUUUAUAAUGAAUUUAGUUCUUUUUUCUGA